AUGAGUGUUUACACCGCGAGCACGCCGAUACCGAGCACCGCGAUAUCGCCCACGGGAAGCACGACGGUGACAGCGGUUUCGACGGCAACGACAACGACAACCAUUACGGCGACUGCGUCAACGACGACGACGGCGGCGGCGUCGGCAGCGGCACCGGCUACGACGACAACGGCCACGUCGUCUACGGCGACCGCCGUGUCGCCCGACACAGCGGCUGGCUGGGUCGAGUUCUGUGAGAGACACGCCCGCGCCUCGGCGUCCGACUUCGCCAAGGCGUUUUGCACGUACGUCAGUCUGAAUCUGCCCGAGUGCGCCCGCGCCAAUUUCUCGCAUCGUGACUUCCUACGAAAGUUCGUCGAAAGCUUCUGCGAGCACUUCGAGAGCGAAUACUUGCGUCAAAGCGUGAGAUCGAUAUCGCUGCAUGAUACUAGAAGUGCAACAGUUAAUGAAAGAGAUACAAAUCUUACAAACCAGAAUGCUAUCAAUGCACCAGUGCGUGCAUCGUCACAUGAAGAAUUCAGUGACUAUUCUGAACAUGAAGGGGAUGCAGUAUCGCCAAAACCUGCCCAUAAACCUUUCUUCCGCAGAUUGUCCUUUAAAGGUCUCAAAAAGGGCAAGGGUUUCUUCCAUAAGCAGCAGAGCGACGAGGUCGAACUUUCCCAUAGUGAACAUAGCAACCGCAAGGAAAAACACUCCAAGGCCAAGUUGUCGAAAAUUGUGGUAGAAUGCAGAAAAGAGGGAAUUGUCAAUUCCCUGAUGGGAGAGAAUAUAGACGGGACGCAAAAAUGGGAAAAGUCGCGACUCGCUUUAAUAAAAGCUAUUGGCGGAUACAUGCUGGAGUUUUAUUCUCCACCAAAAGCAGUAAAGCCGCGGAGCGGUGUUUUCUGCUCGGCAUUAACGGAGGCGCGGGAAACCACCGCGCUCGAGAUGCCGGAUCACGAGAACACGUUUGUUUUGAAGACGCAAAGCAUGGAAUUUGUCAUAGAAGCGCACGAUUCGAACGACAUGAAAUCGUGGCUGGCGACGAUCAGAUAUUGUAUGCGAACGGUACAGCAAAGCUCAAGCGUUUCCGGCUCCGGUCCGGGUGACUCUCUGGGAGAUUCUCUGGUCCACGGUUCGCUGACUGUCGGAUCCGAUAGCGAUCGAUUGCGCGCCAAUUCAGCGAGCAAGACUUUCCGAUCCGUUAGUCACGAACAUGGAGACGACGUGCAGGGCAAUCCGCCCGAAUUACCUCCGAGACUUCGUAUGCGCAGCAGUAGUAAUCUAGAAUUAUGUUCCUCUCAGCAAGAAAUAGAACAAAUGCCAGCUAAUGAAGGCGAGCUAGAUUUAUCGAGUAGUUUACGUGAAUACCCAUGGUUUCAUGGCACCCUCCCUCGCUCAGACGCCGCGCAGCUUGUGUUACAUAGUGCAGCUGAUGGUCAUGGUGUGUUCCUGGUUCGACAGAGCGAAACUAGGAAAGGCGAAUUUGUGUUAACAUUUAAUUUUCAAGGAAGAGCAAAACAUUUACGGAUGACGCUGAAUGAUCAAGGUCAUUGUCGAGUCCAACAUCUAUGCUUUCCUGCGAUAUUUGAUAUGCUUGAACAUUUUCGCCAGAACGCGAUACCCCUCGAGUCUGGCGGUACAGCGGAUGUUACUUUAACGGAAUUCGUAGUGGCGUCGAACCACGCGUCGCGAACAGGACAUCAUAACAUGGCGAGUGGCGCGCACGUGCAGCAACAGCCACAAGAGAGGAGACCUCCGGCAGCCCAGCCUCUGGAGCCCAGAGAAGUACGCACGUAUGGCGGUUCUAUACGAACGCGUGUGGAAUCGUUGGAGAGACUAGAACAAAGAAUUAUUGCUGAGCAAAUGGCCUUGGCUGCAAUGGGCAGAGCGGUACAGAACACUUACAGUUUUCUCUAAUGCUGGACGCACGUUAAUCCACCAUCCAAGCCACGAUCCAGUUAAUUCGACGGACCGCGAACUUGAAUUGAUACGAUAGAAAAGUAAUCGUAGAAGUUUUUUAUUUUCCAUAAUUGCGUCAUGCUGUUAACCAUUUGUGUUUUAAACAAAGCGCAUCACUUUACCUAGUACAAAAAGAAAUUGCAUUUCUUUGAAGCAACUAAUCUUCCAAUCAACUUUUACUCCUGCGUUCUAUAUUUCGAUGUUUAUAUAUUUAUGAUUUAUGAGGAAACAUGUUUUGCAAAAACAUUGCAUUUACAUCGAAUAAUAAGAAAUAGAAAUAGAUUCUUGAACAAACCGAGUCUCAGUUAGCAAUAAUUUUGUAAUAAUUGUGCACAAAUUAUAUAUAUAUAUAUAUAUCUCCCCAAAUUAUAAUCCCGUUCCCAUAAUGUAUUUUCCACGGACCUCCCUUUUGCACGUUGAUAUUUAUCUACGAUUUGUCGGAAAUUAUAUAUACAUAAUAACGGCCUCCUCCUGUAUUUUUACUAAAGAAAUAGAUAUAUUUUAAGAGGACCUAAAACAAACCUCGCUUAACUAAUUUAUAAUGUGUGUAUAUAUAUGUAUAUAUAAUAUAAUUAGAUAAGAUACAUGCAUGCCACAUGUACGCAAUUGUGGGGGAAAACAACAAUAAUAUCCUCCGAACUGCCAUAUACGCAAUGUCCCCGUUGUUCCUCGGAAAACUCGACAAGUACGCCAAAGUUAAGAUAGCAAGCCCCGCUUCGUCAAUUACAAAUCUGUUGUACACAAAAUUGCAUUUCAGCCAUUGUUGCUAGUCUCGAUGCUUUGUCGAGUAUAAUAGAUCGCAUCUUAAUCAUCGAUAAGCGUAAAAUCACGCUGCGAUACGUAUCAGAUAUAUUGCAGUGCUCGUCAAUGUAUAAAUUUUCCUUAUUUGUUCGAACAAAUAAACAAAAAAGAAAAAAAACAAAACAAAUGCAGAAAGUGAGAUAACGUGAGAGAAGGAUAUAACCGUAUUAUGAUUCUGCAUAAAUCGAAGUAAGUAUGAUUUCAUGUAUGAUCCCUGAAAGAAAAAUAUAUGGAAUGCUGUAUUCGAUAUAAGCGCAUCGAAAGAUAUAUUAAACUGCGUGUAAUGACUAAGAAUUAUUGCUGGUAUUGUAUUGAGAGCAACUUGAGUGUAUGUGCAAAAUUAUAUUAUAGAUAAAUGUAUGAAUGAUCGGUACGUGUAUGAUAGAGAGAGAGAGAGAGAGAAAGAAAGAGCAAUGAUCGACAAAGUAUCCGAUUUGUAGAAUGAGCAGAUAUUCUCAGUAUGAGCCGAACUUAUUACUGUGAUAAAAUCUUUCAUUUGCACAGACAUCCAAUAAUCCCAUUUCCGUCCGUGUCAGUUUAUGUUCUUGAAACCCGUAAAAAAAUCCAUAUGAAAACAAAUGUUUGUUAUUGGCAAUGGUAUAAAUAAAAGUUUUGUGUCGCGACACUGAAACAGAAAGAAUCAUAGAAGUUUUCAAAAUGUCGAUCUGGAAAAACUGUGUGUCACGAAUUCAUGUUUCGGUUACAACACAAUCGCAAAAUACUGUUAAGUAGAAUGUAUAGCUUGGCCUUUUUCUGUACUCGCAGUUACAAUAAGAGGCAGAAGUUUUUGAAUAUACAGAGACAAUAGCCAUUCAACCGUAAUAGUUUUUUACCUCUUAUGUUAAGAUGCAAGAUGAAAAUAAAUACUGGAUUUCCUCCUGGCAAUUCUCAUGGUUGUCUAUACACAUAUAUAUAUAUGUAUAUAUACAUAUGUGUAUACAUAUAUGUUGCUUUUAAUUAUUUAU